AUGACAUACAAGAAGGCAUCAAAGCCAACAAGUGCAGAUAUACACAAAACGAGUUUUGUUAUUUGGCAAAUGAAGGGUUUUACACGACACUUAAUAUCAAUGGGGGUAACUAUAAGUUGUGAUAAUGCAAAGAUUUGCCAAGUCAUUGAUGGUGAUAAAAUCGAUAUAUCAUGUAAAAGUGAAUUUGUAUUAAAAUUAAACAUGUUGUGUUCACACGACACAAACUGUGUUAAUAAUAGUGGAAAUGUGUGUACAACAUGCCCACAAAACCAUCACAUUGAAAGUGGUGGAUGUAUUUCCAAUGACAACGAGUGUGUGAUUCAAAACAAAAAGAUUUGCAUUUUGUGUAACAACAAAAUAAAUGUAGAUGGGAAAUGCGUUUCAACCGAUUCAAUCAACUGUAAAGAGUUUGUUGGUGGUGUUUGUACGCAAUGUGAUGACGAUCGUUACAAAGACACGACUGGGUGUUUGCCAAAACAAGACAAAUACCCAGACUGUGAAUAUGUGACACUCGAUUUUCAAUUAAAAAGUGAAACAACAACAGACAACUGCAUGUUGAGAAGUUCAAAGGGAUGUAUGCGAUGUAAAGACGGGUAUUACAUAAUGAACUCACUUUGUGUGAGAUGUGAGUACCCAUGCACACACUGCUCCAAUUUGACGUAUUGCACAAAGUGUGAUGCGUACUCGUACACCAAGAAUGGCAAGUGUUUUGAAUACAAUGAGUUAUUAAGUGUGUGUGAUGUGAUGAUGUCGACAUUCGAGGGGUGUGUUGUGUGCAAAGAUGGGUACAUACGAUCAAGUGAUGGAAAGCAGUGCGUUAGAUGUGACACAUCUUGUAAAACGUGUUCCAAUGAUGGGGAUUGUGUUAUUUGUAGUGAUGGAUAUUACAGAACUCCGAACAACAACACUAAGCUGUGCAACCCACAAACAGAAUUAAACAACUGUUUGAACAAAACAACGAGUGGCUGCACACUAUGUGAAGAUGGUUUUGCACUAAAAGAUAAUUUGUGUCACAAAUGUGGUGAAAACUGCACAUAUUGUGAUGCCACUUUUGAGUGUUCAAAAUGUGGUGAUAACAACAUUCUGAAAGACUGCGUGUGUGUUCACUUCUCACAAAUACCAAACUGCAUUUCAUCACAAAAUUCACUUUGUUUGGAGUGUGCAGAUGGCUACAAGUUGAGUGACGACAAAAUUGAGUGUUUUGCAAACACGAAUUAUGGGAUGGUUGUUGGUCUUCCAGUUGCAUGUGUUGUUGUGUUUGUUGUAAUAUUUAUCUCAAUAAUAACAAUUAUUGUUUUAUUUGUGUUAAAAAAGAAUACAAAUGAACACACCGAAAACAUUUGGGUCUUCAAGAUGAGUCGCUCCAAUAUGAUGAUGACUAAACUUGAAAGCGACAUUCUAUCAAAAAAUGAAAUUUCAUUUGGUAAUGAAAGUGACAAAAUCCAAAUUGAAAGUGAAAAUCGUGAAUUGUUGUGUGUUGGCAACUCGUCUAAAGGUAACAUGAAAAUUCAAAUCACAACAAAAGACAAAUGCGACAAAUACAAAAUUCGCACAGAACCAAAAAUAGUGACUUUAAAAAGUGGGUUUGCAUGA